CAUCAUCAUCAGCAACAUUAUCAACAGCAUCAUCAUCAACAGCAUCAUCAUCAACAGCAUCAUCAUCAGCAGCAUCAUCAUCAGCAGGGCGUCGUGAGCAGUGAGCCAUGUCCGGCACGCUGACCCGGCUGCUGGGACAGCUGCACGCCUCGCUGGAUCCCCGGGGCGACGUUUCGGGAGCGACCCCUUCCUCGGUGGCCUCGGAGCUGAGGGCAGAGGUCACGGGAUCACGCGUGGCCGACCGAGCACUGGAGUUCUGCUCCUGCAUCUUCGACGGGCAGCACGGCCUGCCGGCGUUCCUGCGGCGAGCCCAGGGACACGACGAGCUGAAGGAGGUGCGCGAAGAGGUGCUGAGGGGUCUGCGCGAGUUCCUGGAGACGGUCGGCAGCCAUGCCAAGGACUACACCGGAGCCAUCAAGGAGAUUUGUGUACUUUGCUACAGCAAGGAAAGAGCCGCAAAGACUAAAGUCUGCGCCUUGGAGCUGCUGAUCAAGGCUGUCCACGUCGGCUCGGUCUCGUCGCACGGUCAGAACUUGGGCGUCCAGAGCCUCUUCAACAAGUUCUACGGCGAACUGGCGAGCAAAAGCAAAGUGUCCGACACGGUGCUGGAGCGGAUUUACGAGUUUCUGGGCGUUUUGUCCGAAGUCCACCCGGCGGAGAUGGUGGACCAGGCGGGGCCGCUGUUCAGAGUCUACCUGGGGGAACUGAAAAGACAGAUGUGUGGCGCUGUGCGUGCACCGCGCCUGGCACUGGUGGCAGGUUGUCUGAGAGGCCUCACCUCCCUGCUCGUUCACUUCUCGCAGUUGGCAGUAGAAGGUUUAACAAUUAUUGGUGAGAUCUUCAACUUCACACUCAAAGCCAUUGACCCUGAGGCUCACCUUAACCGCUAUGCCGUACCUUUGGCCGGCCUGCGGCUCCUGGCUCGCCACGCUGCCUCUGGGCCCUUUGGGCCGCUGCUCGCACAGCGGCACGCCGCCCUGUGGCCCACCCUGUGGCGGUGGAGCGGCCACCGCAGCCACACGGAGGCAGCGCGGUCGGCACAGGCGGCCACGGAGGCCGUGCUCAAGCAGAUAUCGACGCAGCUGUCCACCGACCCCACCACCACCACCACCGCUACCACCGACCCCACCACCGCUACCACCAGCAGCAGCAGCAGCAGCAGCAGGGAGUCGCUGCUGCUGUUUUUCCUGAAGCGGUUUUAUGCGACUUUCCAGGAAAAUCCUUGCUCCCACGCUCACCUCUCCCUCGCCAUCAGGGGGAUCGGCAUUCUCGCGGCGCCCUGCAAGGUGCUACUACCGGGCCAAGUGGAUUUCAUGUUUUCGGAGCUCAUGCAGAGAGCGUCGCUCAUCCUCCACAUCGUCACAGCGGGCGGCGAGGGUGGACGAGGUGCAGGGGACGACGCCGACGACGACGACGAUGACGGAGGAGGAGGUGGGGGAGGGGACGACUCCGCUUACAUCCUUCCAAGCUUCCUGCAGGCGCUCGCUAGCGUGGUGGACGCCCUGGACGAGAUACCCGAGUGCCAGCUGCCCCUGCUGCAGCGCCUGCUGCUGCUGCAGAUGGAGAGCGUGGUGCUCUACAGCCCUCGGCUCGCACACAUCGCCAUCCGGGCCCUCGUGCGUCUCCUGCUCGCACUUAGCCGCAAGGGGGCUCAAUACCGCUCCCUCCUGCAAGCCGUGGUCCAUCAGAGUCUCGUGAACUUUUGCUCGAAGCGCUUCCCACUUCCCACGGAUGGCGGCGAGUCGCCCGACUCCGGCGGCCCUGGACGUGGCGACGACACCACCACCACCACCGCCACCGCCACCACCACCACCGCCACCACGACGGGAGAGGAGGAGGAGGAGGUGGAUCCCGGCUCAGCAGGCGUGGGUGGUGUGGGUGGCGUGGGUGGUGUGGGUGGUGUGGGUGGUGCCGUGCGGCACCUUGAGAGGCGUCUGUCUCAAGAGGACCACCUGCAGCUGUGGCAGAGUCUCCUCUCUUGUAGCCACUAUCAGGCCUCCGACGUCCCCGGGGACGUCGCAUCGCUGCGCUCGCUCCAGCACCUCCUCUAUGACCUGCUCAUCACCGCCGUGGUCGACAUCGCUCUCAAGCUCGACCUGUCCACUCGACCCCGCGCGGAGGAGUCCACCGCUCGAGGGGAAACGCGCGAGGAGGUGGCCACCUCGUCGGACGUCGCCGCUCACCUCGUCGCUGUCAACCCCGCCGACCACAGCGCCCUCCUCAACCUCUGCAACUUCUGCUGGUCCGUGCUGCUCCCCCCGUCUGCGCGUGGCACCGCAGCGCCCCCGUCACCGUCACCGUCACCGCCACCGCCGCUGUUGGAGGCGUUCUCGCGCUGGCUGCCCCUGCUGUGCCGCCGCCUGAUGGUGCCCCUGUGCACGGCUCACCCGCUGGUGGGCAGUGCCUACCGCCUGCUGGCACUGGCGCUCGUCAUCGCCCGCAACGCCGGCUACUUCAAA